AUGCCAAAUACACGAUGCUAUUUAGAGACGCAAAAUGAGCACCGCUUCGAGACGCUUCAAAUCCUGAAGCAAAAGCGAACUAAUGCAUUCCUCGGGUAUUCUCUGCUGAAGCGCAAAAGCGACGCGCUCACGUCGAAAUUCAGGAAGCUGCUUAAGGAAACCAUAGAGGGCAAGGAAAAGGUCAUUGAGGGGUUCAAUGAGGCGUCUUACGCGCUGGCUAACGCGGUCUGGUCGGCUGGAGACUUCAAGUCCCUGGUUGUGGAGUCCGUCGGACGCUCCGCGGUAACGCUGCGCGUCCGCACUGAAAACGUUGCGGGGGUCAUCCUGCCAAACUUCGAGCUCAGAGUUGAUCCCACCGUCGAUGUUAUCGCAAACAUUGGACUAACGUCAGGUGGAAACGUCAUCCACUCCGCCAAGACGGCGUAUCUGGAGUUCCUGGAGACCCUGACGGCACUGGCAUCCCUCCAGGUGUCAUUCAUGAUGCUCCAGCAAGAGAUUAAAAUGACAAACAGGCGUGUCAACGCGCUCGACAACCUGGUGAUACCCACCAUCGACAACCACGUGGAGUACAUCAAGCGUGAGCUGGACGAGCUCGAACGUGAAGAGUUCUACAGGCUUAAGAUGGUGCGCAAUAUGAACCAAGAUGACGAUGUGCCUAUGAAGCCAGCAUCUUCCGGUUCACAUGAUGGCGGAUUUGAUAAUAAUUCGAGGAGUUCAGAUCCACCGAGCGUUAUAUUCGACACGGUGGACGAUGAUAUUGUAGUAUAA